AUGGUCGUCGGCAGAGGAGGAGGGUCUUCUAGCCUCCAUCAGCAGAGGAGGACCUUCUACAUCCCUCCAUCAGCAGAGGAGGACCUUUCAGACUCCUCCAUCAGCAGAGAAGGAGGGCCUUCCAGAGUCCUCCAUCAGCAGAGGAGGACCUUCCAGACUACUCCAUCAGCAGAGGAGGAGGGCCUUCCAGCAUCCAUCAGCAGAGCCAGUCAGGAUAUGGCAUUAGAUACAAGGCCUAAUGAAAUACGUCCACUUGACAAGGAAGUCUCGUAUCUUCUCCAAACCAAAAGCAAAGAUGACGGUCAUGAUGUUCAUCUAGAAGGCAAAACAGAACUAGAGACUUUAACUAAGAAGGGGAGCGACCUUCCAGGACUCCUUCCAUCCAGCAGAGGAAGGAGGGCCUUUCAAGCCUCCAUCAGCAGGAGGAAGGAAGGACCCAAGGGACCUCCAGCAACAGAGAAGGAGGACAUUCCAAGACUCCAUCAACAGAGAAGGAGGACCUUGCCAGACCCUCCAUCAAGCAGAGAAAGGAGGACCUUCCAGCCUCCAAUCAGCAGAGGAGGAAGGAACCAUUCCAGGACUCCAUUCCAUCCGCCCGGAGAAGGAGGACCUUCCCAGCCUCCAUCCACAGAGGAAGGCAAAGAGGGCCUUCCAGGACUCCCUCCAUUCCGCGGAGAAGGAGGACCUUCCAGCCUCCAUCCACAGAGAAGGAGGGCCUUCCAGACUCCUCCAUCAGCGGAGAAGGAGGACCUUCCAGCCUCCAUCCACAGAGAAGGAGGACCUUCCAGACUCCUCCAUCCAGGGAAGGAGGACCAUUCCAAAGCCUCCCCCCAAGCACAGGAAGAAGGAGGGCCUUCCAGACUCCUCCAAUCAGCGGAAGAAGGGAAGGACCUUCCAGCCUCCAUCCACAAGAAGAAGGAAGGGCCUCCAAGAACUCCUCCAUCAGCGGAGAAAGGAGGACCUUCCAAAGCCCCAAUCCACAGAGAAGGAGGACCUUCCCGGAAUCCUCCACAAGCGGGGAGGAAGGAGGACCUUCCAGCCUCCCAUCCCACAGAGCAAGGAUGGACCUUCCAGGACUCCUCCCAUCCAGCGGAAGGAAUGGAGGACCUUCCAGCCUCCAUCCACAGAGAAGGAGGGCCUUCCAGACUCCUCCAUCAGCGGAGAAGGAGGACCUUCCAGCCUCCAUCCAAAACAAGAAGGAAGGAGGGGCCUUCCAGGACCCUCCAUCAGCGGAGAAGAGAGGCCAUUCCAGCCUCCAUCCACGGAGAAGGAGGACCUUCCAGACCUCCCCAUCCACAGGAGAAGGAGGACCUUCCAGGCCUCCAUCCAUCAGAGGAAGGAAGGGCCCCUUCAGGACUUCCUCCAAUUCAGCCGGAGAAGGAGGACCUUCCAGCCCCAUCCACAGGAGGAAAGGAGGACCUUCCAGACUCCUCCAUCAGCGGGAAGGAAGGACCACCUUCCAGCCUCCAUCCACAGAGAAGGAGGGACCCUAUUCCAGAACUCCUCCAUUCAGCGGAGAAGGAAGGACCUUCUGGCUUCCAUCCACCAGUGAGGAGGGCCUUCCAGACUCCUCCAAUCCAGCGAGAAGGAAGGGCCCUCCAGCCUCCAUCCACAAGAGAAGAGGACCUUCCAGACUCCUCCAUCAGCGGAGAAGGAGGGACCUUCCAGCCUCCAUCCACAGAGAAGGAGGCCUUCCAAACUCCUCCCAUUCAGCCGGAAGAAAGGCGGACCUUCCAGGAUCCUCCAUCCAGCAGAGGGAAGGGAGGGCCUUCCAGCCAUCCAUCCACAGAAGAAGGAGGGCCUUCCAGACUCCUCCAUCAGCAGGAGUAA